AGAGGAUGAAUGAGUGUGAUCUGCUAGGCCAGAGAGUAUAGCCCUGCUAUGUUCUCAUGUGGUCCCUUUAUCAUCUGAUUAAACCCAUAGUCAACUGACAUCAACUACAGGCCACUGGAUGAAAUUAAAAUGGCCUCUCACAAGCAAAGCUUUCAAUGCUUUGACACCAUCACAGACGACCCAUCUCUCAAGCCCCCUUUCCCCCAUGGACACAGCUCCUCAGCGUCCUUCAGAGGCUCAUCCGGUUCGACCAGACUGGAGCCGCUGGAGGCUCAUGGAUGCUAUCUCUGUGCUGAUCACCAGCAGGCCAAGGCGAUGGCCUCAGAGGCCACAGGAGCUUACUCGAACCCAUGGUAUCAUUUCCAGACACAUCCACACUCUCAGCAGUAUACAGUCAGGAGGUCCAGUCGACCUGAGGAAGCUCCUGGGCACGUUGAAGAUCACCACCAUCACCAUCCUCACAGGCACUCCAGGAAGAUUGUGCUUGUGAAAAACAGUGACCCGUCUGUCCGGAGGAGCAUCGUGCUGCGCCGCAGGAGCCUGCGCAGUCUGGCGCUCUUCAUGGACGAGGUCUCUGAACUCAUGCAGUGUCUCAUCAGGAAGCUCUACACACUGGAAGGCCACAAGAUUGACAGUGUGCAAAGUCUGCUGCAUUGCCCGAGCAUUUUAGUUUGUGUGGGACGUGAGCCUUUCCACCCACUCCUGUUGGACAACUUCAGGAAGAACUCCUACGACAAACUUCCAAAGCUGAACACAAAGCAACGCUCGAGUGUCUGCAGUGAUGAAAAGGGGACCAGGAAAAAUGUCAACUUUGGACUUGAAACUAAGAGAAGCGUCAUCCAUCCAAGGUGUGAUUCAAGCAACAGAUCAGCAAGACUGUCCGUCUCAUCUGAAAAGUUGUUUCCUGAUGGACUUAACUCUUUACCACCAGGGCACAGAGGUGCUUGUCCUCAUCAAUGUGAAAAUACGAUGGAUGAUGACAUUGAAAAGCGAGUUCUGGUCAACAAAGACGGAAGCCUGUCAAUGGAGAUGAAAGUGCGCUUUCGGCUAUUACACAACGAGACAUUGCACUGGUCCACGGAAGUGAAGAAGGCAAAGAGCACUUUUAAACGAAUCCCAUAUUGUCCAUGA